UAUUCUCAUUUUUCCUAACCACCAAACCAGCAAUACAUCCAUCAAGUUGUAAAAAUCCCACCUUCUACUAUUCAACUUAAUUAAUUAGGCGAAUAAAGAUUUAAUUGUUUGCCUAAUUUUCCUUUCUCAUUCUUAAGUAGGUUUUGGUACUUCCUUAAAUUCUUUCUCCUACAUUUUAUAAAACACUAGACCAUUUCCUAGCUCUCCACUUUAUUUAAACACCUCCUGUCUUUUCAAGUAAACCAUAGUAAUUUGUACAUUAUAUUUGUCCUAGAUAGUAGUGAAUUCUCUAUACACAACAAUAUGAACCUAUAUUCCAUGCAUUCUUUGCUAAAUUUUACACUAUUUUCAUUAGCCUUGUUAUACUUUUGUGCUAAACCGGUACAUUCUACCUCUAGAAGGGCCCUUGAUCAAGUGAAACCGACCCAAUUGGGCUUUCGGGUUACCCUAAAACACGUCGAUCAUGGGUCAAAUUAUACCAAAUUCGAGCGGAUCCAACGAGGCAUCAACCGGACUAAGUUUAGGGUACAAAGGAUGAAUGCAAUGGUCUUGGCUUCAAAUACGGGUACUUAUGAUGUUGAGUCCAAAGUCCAUCCGGGUAAUGGUGAAUUUUUAAUGAAUGUUGCAAUAGGAACCCCACCUAACCAAUUCUAUGCUAUAAUGGAUACGGGUAGUGAUUUGGUUUGGACUCAAUGUAAGCCUUGUGAAGAGUGUUUUGAUCAAUCCACACCCAUUUUUGACCCAUCUCAAUCAUCCACUUUUUCUAAAAUGUCUUGUUCUAAUGACCUUUGUCAAGCCCUCCCCUCAUCAACUUGCCAAGAUGGGUGCCAAUAUAUGUACACAUAUGGGGACUACUCCUCAACCCAAGGGGUCCUAGCCACCGAGACGUUUACAUUCGGAGGGUCCGACAAAGUGUCGGUCCCAAACAUUGGGUUCGGGUGUGGGGCCGACAAUGAGGGAAACGGGUUCAAUCAAGGUGCCGGCUUAAUUGGGCUAGGUCGAGGCCCAUUAUCCUUAGUGUCACAACUAGGUGAGCCCAAAUUUUCUUAUUGUUUAACCUCAAUUGAUGGGUCCAAAACUAGUACACUAUUAAUGGGAUCCUUAGCUAAUGCCAACUCUACAUUAUCAGCUAGUAACUCUAAAUCAAACAAUGUUAUAACAACCCCACUACUACACAACCCAUCACACCCAUCAUUUUAUUACCUUAACCUUGAAGGAAUUAGUGUAGGGUCAACUCACUUGCCAAUCAAAAAAGACCUUUUUACCCUUGGUGAAGAUGGGAGUGGUGGGAUGAUCAUUGACUCAGGAACCACAAUCACCUACUUAGAGGAAAGUGCAUUUGAUCAAGUGAAGAAGGCUUUCACCUCACAAAUGAACCUCCCAUUGGAUGAUUCGGGCUCGGCCGGGCUUGACCUAUGCUUCAAAAUGCCUAAGGAUACAAAGAGUAUGGACGUCCCAAAAUUCGUUUUUCACUUUAAGGAGGCGGAUCUAGAUUUACCUAGCGAGAAUUACAUGAUUGGAGAUUCGGACAUGGGAAUUUUAUGCUUAGCAAUGGGAAAAUCAAGUGGAAUGUCUAUACUUGGUAAUGUUCAACAACAAAACAUGAUGGUGGUCCAUGAUCUUGCAAAGGAUACACUUUCUUUUGUUCCUACUCAAUGUGAUGCAUUAUGAAUUAUGUUCAUCAUGAAUGAAUGCAUGCAUGAUUAUUAUAACUUCUUGUAAUUAUGGGUUAGCUUAUAAUUUUACAUAUUAUAUUGUUGUUUUUAAUUUUUUUAGGGGGGCAUUUUAUGUAGUAUUCAUCAAAUGAAUUUGCUUCAUAAAAUUGUAUUCUUGUUUAGUUGUUCUAGAGUUAUAUUGGCCUCUUCAUACUAAUUUAAUCAUACAUGUCAAUAAUUUUCCUCCAAUUUCUUGGUGACUUUCUUUCUUUAAAUUCGUCAUUUUCGUCAGCUUAUUUGGUUAGACUUUUGUUAAAAAAAAAAAAAAACACUCACUCACUUAAUUAUGUUGGUGUAUGGUCAAAAAAACAAAGGUAACUUGUGAUGAGACUUGAUUCCGGCCAGGAUCUUCU